GCCUGUGCAAGGUCAUUCAACUGGUCAAUUUCCGGUUUAGCAUCCUUUUACUUCGCUCACAUUUCUUAUAAUUUCGCAAGUCAAAUAAUAAUGGAAUAUCAGUUCAACAUGAUAGUACGAAGGCAGCCGAUGAACAUCAUCCAUGUUGCUGGAGUAACAACUCAGUUACUUGUUCAAAGUUGUUUGUUAAGACAUUUGAUUUGGUUGAUAUUUUCACAGAGAAAUAAAGCCAAAAGAACACCUUAACUUUGAUCUCUAUUUAAUAGGUUACUUCCCUUACUUGUUAGAUUGGGAUGUUUCGAGUUUUGGGCUGCGCAAAUAAAUUACUUAAAUGGGGUACGCACUUUUCAAUUGGCCACGCUGCAGUUAAUUGUAAGUUAUUUCACAUAGGGCUUGUUUCGGAUCUUCUUUUCGGUCUGAACAACCAUAGUGAUCACUUUAAUUUUGACCAAUGUAAGUGAAAAAUCUGUCCUAUAUCCGUAGUACAAAUCAGUAAGCCUUUCAGCGAUAAAACCUUUCUUUGCAUGAUGUCGACAUUCCAGUAAUGAAACUACACAAUUCGAAUCAUGUAGACAUGGUACUAUGCCGGUCACCAUGGUGAGUGUACUUGUCAUGCAAGACUAAAAAGACUAAUCAUGUCACAAAAUCAAGACCUGGAAGGUGUUUUUUGGUAAGGCUGAUGACUAUCAGGUGUGCGGUUCUGUCAUUUGCAUGAGCGACCCGGCCUUCGAAUGCAGCUUUCACAAUCAAUGGGUGCACUGCCGAUGUGCGAAGGAGUAUCAAAACCAUAUUACUCCAAAAGCAUGAGUGUGGAUCUCGCUGAAUAUGAUGUUGAAAUUAUGGAGUUAUGCCGGCAAGAGAAAAAGCGUCAACGACUUGGCUUAGAGUUGAUAGCUUCAGAGAAUUUCGCCAGUAAAGCAGUCCUACAGGCUUUAUCCUCUUCAUUCCACAAUAAAUAUUCUGAAGGUCAAGUGGGUGCCAGAUAUUAUGGUGGUAACGAAAUUGUGGAUAAAAUGGAAACUUUGUGCCAAAAACGUGCUCUAUCCUUAUUCGGUCUCAAUGAAUGUGAAUGGGGUGUUAAUGUACAACCUUACAGUGGAUCACCUGCUAACUUUGCUGUGUAUACAGCAUUAGUUGGUCCUCAUGGUCGUAUUAUGGGACUAGAUCUACCUGAUGGUGGACAUCUUACACACGGAUUUCAAGCUGCAUCUGGUCGAAAAGUGUCAGCUACUUCAUUGUACUUUGAAUCUAUCCCGUACAAAGUUGAUCCUCAUACCGGGUUGAUAGAUUAUAAUCGUUUGGAGAUGUUAGCUCGUGCUGUUCGUCCAAAAUUAAUUAUUGCUGGAACUUCAGCGUACUCUCGUCAUUUGGAUUAUGCACGAUUUCAGCAAAUUGCUGACUCGGUAUCAGCUAUUUUAUUCGCUGAUAUGGCCCAUAUUAGUGGUUUGGUAGCAGCUGGUGUUCAUCCUAGUCCUUUUCAAUAUUGUGAUGUAGUGAUGACUACCACGCAUAAAACACUUCGUGGUCCUCGUGGUGCAAUGAUAUUUUAUCGUAAAGUUGCUAGACUUCAGAAAAAUGGUGUCACGCAAAAUGGAAGCCAUGGUGAUCCAGUGCCGACAGAUUUUGAACGUCGUAUCAAUGAAGCUGUCUUUCCAGGACUACAAGGUGGACCACAUAAUAAUACAAUUGCUGCUUUAGCUGUCGCUUUAAAGGAAGCAGCAUCACCAGAAUUUCGAACUUAUCAACAACAAGUGCUUAAAAAUAUGAAACAACUUUGCACAUCAUUAAAAGCCUUUGGCUAUGAGUUAGUAACAGGAGGCAGUGAUACACAUUUGUGCUUGGUAGAUCUUCGUCCAAUGAAAAUCGAUGGUGCACGAGCUGAAAAAGUUAUGGAGUUAGCACAUAUUACUGUGAACAAAAAUACUUGUCCUGGUGAUGUUAAUGCCUUGAGACCUGGUGGCUUACGUCUUGGAAGUGCUCCAUUAACAUCACGUGGUUUCUGUGAAGAAGAUUUCAUUAAAGUAGCCGAGUUUCUACACCAAGGUAUCCAAAUUGCUAUCAAAGCUAAUCAAGCUGCAGGUGGCAAAUUAUUAAAAGAUUACGAAAAUGUACUUAAAACCAAUGAUGAAAUUCGCGCAAUGAUCAGUGAUUUGAGACUUCAGGUUGAAAAUUUCGCAUCCAAAUUCUAUAUGCCUGGACUUGAAGAUUUUUAAUUCGUUAAAGCAGCUAUUUUUGAUAGGAUAAAAGAUUUUUUCUAAACUGUAAUUCGUAAAUAUAUGUGCAUAUAUAUAUAACACAC